AUGUCUCAGGAGAAUGAUACACGGAAGAAAGACUCGCUGCUAGGGGAUGAGCUCGCUGCCAUGAGGCUGCAGAAGCUGGAACAGCAGGCCACACCUCACCCCGUCUUCCCGUCUGCUUCCUGCCCCCCACCCUUCCGUUCCCGCAGAAGAAGCAACAACGAUGUUUCCAACCCUGAUGUUUCCCUGCGGACCCGGCCACCGCGGCACCGGGAGGAGCGCCUCCCCGUGACAGAGGCGAGGAAAGGCUCGAGGGAGUUCGAGUUCGGGGUGAGUCUCGGGGUCUGGGUGUCCAAAGAAUCGGGGGCGAUGUCUGGAAGCCGAGUGAGGAAGCAGAUGUUCACAGAGGAUUGCCUUGGGAACCCUUCCCUUCAGGAGAACGUGCCAGAGGCACAUCUGCGUUCUGUUGCCCGCAGUGCCCCGGGCACCGUGAACUGCAGUGGAGAUGGCAGCGGUGCGCGCAGCUCCCUGGGGUCGUCGACAGAAGCAGGUGACCUCGAGUCCUUGAACCACCUACCCCAGAACUCCACUCCCACUAGAACCCAAGAGUCUGGGACCUCGAUCCUUGCUCUUCUCCAAAGACCUCAGAGUUCUGGACCCCACUCCUCUUCUUCCUCACACCAAGGAGUUCACAUCCUGAGCCUCCUCCAACACCCAAGAAUCCGAGUCCUCAGCCUUUCCUUCCCCAGUCCUCAGGAUUCCCGGCACCCCACCCUAUUCUGGCUCCCAGACAGCUCUGAUCCGGAGUUGCAGGAAGUCUCCGUGGAGGAUGUUCCCGUCUCUCUCCCACCGUAUAAAGAGCCUCCAGGAACUCGACGCAGGUGUUGGACAGCCCGCCAACAACCUGGUAAUUUCGGGAACAUCAGGGCGAAAUCUGGUCCACUUUUCCAUGCUACAAAUCCUCCCCUUUUUUGGGUAACAGGCAAAGAUUCCGAAGAGGAGAAAGAAAAGUUGGAGUCUGCAGGGACGAACUUCCUAACUGCGGCCUACGAGGUGUCCGAGGACCCGGAAGGCGAGGGCGGCACGGGCAGCAGAGAUGUGGGGAGCGCAGCUCUCUGGUCAAUCCGCACCCCGGGCCCUGGGCUGGGCGAAAACAUGGGGGCGUAUGUGCUGUGGCCGGCACCAUGGGGCUGUGCAGUACAGUGCCGCAUCAACUGCGACAAGCGCGUUGUAGAAAAGUUCACGUUCCCCUCUUACUACCUCUACAUGGAGGCGGCCAGUGGCCGGCAGGUGCGGUCCAGUCCCUUUGGCCCCUUCCUCUUCACUGGAUGAAAGAGGAGGAGGAGCAAAGCUGCUAAUGACCUCAUCUCCCUGGACCCCGCGGCAAUGUCUCGGAAUGGGGACAACUUUGUAGGCAAAGUCAGAUCCAAUGUUUCGGGCACCAAGUUCACCACCUUCGACAACGGGGUGAAACCCGGCCGGAAGAAUUCCUUCCCAGAGACUGCCCGGAUCAGAGAGGAGCUGGGAGCUGUGUGAUAUGAGACCAGCGUCUUGGGAUGGGAUCCUCAGAAAAUGACUCUGAUCUUCCCAGGAAUUGACGGCCAGAACAAGAGAAUUAGCGUCCAGCCACAAAACAAACAGGAGUCACUACUGAGUCGCCUCCAACGGGGAGCUAGCCAGGGGCUGGUCCUGCUGCAAAACAGAGCCCCGUCGUGGAGCGACCAGGACUCCUACGUGCUCAGUUUUCGUGGUCGAGUCACUCUGGCCUCGGUCAAGAACUUCCAGAUAGUGAAUCCGGAUGACCCGGACUCCCUGGUGCUCCAGUUUGGCCGCGUGGCCCCAGACGCUUUCACCAUGGACUUCCGCUUUUCGCUUUGCCUGCUCCAAGCCUUCGCCAUCUGCUUGUCCAGUUUCCAUGGGAAGCUGGCGUGUAAGUAACUCGAUAAAAUACCGUAC